CACGGAAUCAAAAAGAGCGAUAGCUCAGAGGGGCCUCCGAGCUUUGACCACCAGGAAAAGAGAGACAAUGUCCUGCCUGAGGUCGAGAAUCGGGGAGCGAACAACCUGAAUGCUGUCUUCGAGAACCCACUUGCUGGAAUUCCCCGCGAACAGCUCUUCCGGGACGUCGAGGAAUUCUGCUCAAGAUAUGGCCUUAUGGCAGACCUUGGGGUCUUUCAAAAGGGUGCACUCAUCUCACAGUCUCCCGAGUCUGCAACAAGUCUCCCCGAGUUGGAUGAAAUUGAGAGGGAGGCUCUUACCAGGGAGCAUACUCAUAAAUGGUCGCAGCCAUGGCAACUCUACUUUCUUGCAAUCAUGUGCUCGCUCGCUGCCGCCGUCCAGGGUAUGGAUGAGACUGUCAACAACGGUGCUCAGGCAAUCUACUUGAAGCGACUUGGAAUUGAGAACAGCGACAAUCUCACCGGUCUUGUCGUCGGCGCUCCCUACUUGGCCUGUGCUAUUCUGGGUUGCUGGCUAACCGAGCCUCUGAAUCGAGUCUUCGCCCGUCGUGGAACAAUCUUCAUCUCCUGCCUCAUUGCUGCCGUGGCAUCUAUAUGGGAAGGUGUUUGCAAUUCAUGGGUGAAUCUCUUCAUUGCGCGUUUUGUUCUUGGCUUGGGAAUUGGCUCCAAGUCAACGACGGUCCCAAUCUACGCCGCCGAAUGCUCCCCGGCUCCUAUUCGGGGUGCUCUCGUGAUGAUGUGGCAGAUGUGGACAGCUUUUGGUAUCAUGCUCGGGAACAUCAUGGGAGUUGCCUUCAUGAAUGUCGGUAACGAUUUGAACUGGCGUCUGAUGCUAGGCUCUACCGUUGUUCUCCCUCUCAUUGUCUGUGCUCAGGUCUAUAUCUGCCCCGAGUCUCCCAGGUGGUUGAUUCAGCAUGACAAGAUCGAAAAGGCCUAUGAGAGCUUUAAAAUUCUACGACCUACCGACAUUCAGGCAGCGAGAGACUUGUACUAUGCCUAUGUAGCCGUGCAGUUGGAGCGAAAGAUCAACAAGGGAAAGAACUUUUUCACCAUGUUCCUGGAGCUUUUCACUGUUCCACGCAAUCGUCGCGCCACCUUGGCCUCAUGGAUCGUUAUGUUUAUGCAGCAGUUCUGUGGUGUCAAUGUCAUUGCCUACUAUUCUACCACUAUCUUCCAGGAUUCUGGAUACAGUCUAUCCACUGCACUCCUAGCCUCCAUGGGAACAGGUAUUCUUAACUGGGUAUUUGCUUUGCCAGCCGUGUUCACCAUCGACACAUGGGGCCGCCGCAACUUGCUACUCUUCACAUUCCCAUUCCUAGCCAUCUUCCUAUUCUGGUCAGGCUUUUCGUUCUGGAUUGAGCCAGACGUCCCAGAUAGCAAGAAAAGAGUUGCAAUGGUCACGGCAGGCAUGUACUUGUUCGAAGUGUUCUACUCCCCAGGUGAAGGACCGGUCCCAUUCACGUAUUCGGCUGAGGCAUUCCCUUUACAUGUUCGAGAAGUUGGCAUGUCAUGGGCUACUGCUACCACAUGGUGCUUCAACUUUAUUCUAUCCUUCACUUGGCCUCAUCUUCUCAGUACUUUCAAGCCCCAGGGUGCGUUCGGGUGGUAUGCAGCUUGGUGUCUUAUUGGUUGGGUCUUGGUAUUGCUCUUCGUUCCGGAGACCAAGGCCCUUACACUGGAGGAAUUGGAUCAAGUGUUCUCGGUCUCGACCAGGAAGCAUGCCUCUUACCAGCUCAAGAGUGCUGUUUGGCACUUCCGUGUUUGGAUCCUGCGACAGAAACUGGAUCCUCUUCCUAAGUUCUACCAGGGUGCAGAGCAUCUUGCAGAAGUCGGCGACACUGCGUCCAAAUAG